AUGGCGUCCAUCAAUGCUAUCAUCUUCGGCCCCACGGGCCACGUCGGCUCUGCUGCUGCCCGCACUGCGCAGCAGCUCGGUGCAAAGGUGGCUCUUGCCUUGCGUGAUCCUCAAAAGCCCAUUCCAGGUCUCACAUUAGAACAAGAGAAGGCAGGGGGCUUUGAAAGGGUACAGGCGGAUCUCACCAAGCCCGAAACUAUCGAGGCUGCUGUCCGCACGUCUGGAGCCAAACGCGCCUUCAUAUAUCUUGCGCAGGGCUCGGCUGACCACAUGAAACAAACUAUCGAAACACUGAAGGCCUCGGGUAUUGAGUUGGUUAUCUUCCUGAGCAGCAUGGCUGUGCAGGGUGAUAUCAGGAAGAUCCAACCGAAAGAUUUCAUACCGUAUGCCCACGCGCAGGUCGAGAUUAGCCUUGACGAAGUCUUUGGCAGCGAUGGCUAUAUUGCACUUCGGCCAGCAUAUUUUGCCACCAACGUGCAGUGGUGGACGGGCAUGGUUCGCGACGGGGAGGUGAAAAUUGCUUAUCCGGAUACCCAAUUCGACUGGAUCUCGCCUGAAGAUAUUGGCAAGGUGGCCGGAAUGCUGCUUGUUAAAGGAAUACAGGCGAGCGAAGGCGCCGAAGAGCGCAACGCCAUCCCUCUUUGUGGACCAAAGCUAGUGUCCCAGAGAGAUGCCGUUGGCAUAUUUGGCAAGGUGCUUGGCAAGGAUAUCAAGGUCACGGAGUUGGAUGAGAAAGAGGGUGUGAAAAACAUGGUGAAUAAUGGUGUACCGGAGUUUGUGGCACAGACACUGGUCAAGAAUAUGGGAGCGAAGGUCAGAGGCGAGGAUGGGCCUGACCCGUUUCAAGGAGAGACGUACAAGAAGGCGGCCGCUAACCUUCAAAAAUACGCCGGACGGGCCUCAAGCUUGGAGGAGUGGACCGAGGCAAACAAGGAUAUAUUCGGUAGUUAA